CCAUGGCGGCGGAUCAGGCAUCAUUUGCGCGCGCCAUGUCCGCACGCGCCUACAUCAACACACGCUAGCGCCGGGCCAGCAGCAGCAGCAACGCCACCGCUGACACCGUCACCAUCAGCAACGGCAGAGAAGUAGCAACCAGCAGAUCGCAGCCGGACGCCGCCGCCGCCGACGCUGUCGUCGCCGCCGCCGUCCCCCACAUAAAAAUAAUAACAAAAUUUUAAAUUCUAAAAAUAAAAAUGCAUGCAUUUGUAUAACAACAAACUUACAAUAAAAUUAAACAAUUUAUUUACCUAUAAAAAUUAAGUUGAAAAUUUACAUGUAUUAACGGAAAUGAUUUUUCUACAUUAACGGUUAUUUUUUAAAGGCAUUAUUUAGUAUUCAAUUUUUUAUAAUUUAUUUUUUGCGUUAUCGUGCAUCGUCUGCUGGUUAGCUGGUUAUUGGUGCGUUGUCAAUAUAGGAAUUGUGCAGGACACCGCCGGACAUGGCUCUGCUCGGUGAUCACUGCGGCAGACAGCAGAUAUCGACGCUAGUGGCGCAUCGGGAGCGGCCGUUCUGUACGGAGCGGACGGCCAGAGCUAUUGCCAGGGUAGGACAAGGAGUGAAUCUGGCCAUCGAACGGUUCGUGACAGUUGGCGAAACCAUUGCGGACGACAACCCGGAGAUAAAAGCUGACAUGUAUCAAGCGUGCAAGGAAGCCAGAGCGGCAGGAGCUUCAAUUGAGAAAUUGUGCGAAGCAGUAUUUGAAGAUUCAAUCAAUGAUCGAGCUGCAGUGAUUCGAGCUGCCCGGUGUCUAUUAAGUUCAGUUACCAGAGUUUUAUUAUUAGCUGAUGUAGUUGUUGUUAAACAAUUAAUUCUAGUGAAAGACAAGGUAUCACGAAGUCUAGGUCGUUUAGAAGGCGUGAACAGUUUUACGGAAUUUGUCAAAGCUUUCAGUCACUUUGGUACUGAAAUGGUCGAAUUAGCACAUUUGACUGGGGACCGGCAAAAUGAUAUGAAGGACGAGCGACGACGAUCCCAGAUGGCCGCAGCUCGACAAGUUCUGGAGCGGUCUACGAUGUUGCUAUUGACCUCGUCCAAAGCUUGUCUCAGGCAUCCGGACAGCUCGGAAGUUAGCCAAAACCGAGAUACGGUUUUUUGCCAAAUGCGCAGGGCUAUGGAUCUGAUACAUUAUGUUGUUAAAGACGGCGUGUGGGAAGGAGGUGGCGAGCCAAUGUCUCUGGCACCGUACACGUCGCAACAAGACGGUGGUGACACACUUGGCCACGCACUCAACGUACUGGACUCAUUUGUCGAUAUGACGAGGCUUACAUUAGUAUUAGGUGAAAAAGAAACAUUGCUACGUACUAUGGAUAUGAUCAUGGAACGCACACAAGAUUUUACUGACAGUGCGUAUACUAGACACGAACACAGGGAAAAUAUAUUAACAUUGUGUGACCGCGUGAAAACUCAUUUAGAUCAAUUAAUCAGAGCUGGAGCAAGAUUAGAACAAUGUGAUGAAUAUUCACCAACCAAAUCAUUAGAAGUGGCUGUUAAUCAAUGUUUAGAUGCAACUAAGGAACUUAGAAAUCAACUAAUAGCAACUUGUAAAGAACAAUCCCAUGAUCUACCUUUGAUAAUAAGAACCGGGUAUGAUUUAGUUACUUGUAUUCAAACAACAUCUUCUGAUGGUGAUGUUGACGGUCUUAACAAAUAUGGUGAUCAAUUUGUGGAAGUAAUUGAUCAAAUAGGAGAAAUAUGUAAAGUAUUGAGACAUAUAGCCACAUCAGAAGCUGUUCAAGUGUCUGCUAAACACGCAGAAAUUAAUUUAAGAGUUUAUGCACCUCAAAUCGUUACUGCAGCUCAAGCAUUGGUUAGAUAUCCUUGUUCAAAUAUUUUUAAAGAAAAUCUCGAAGUGUUUGCGGACAUGUGGCAGGCCCUGACUGAAGAUGUUUCUUCGGUUUGUAAAGAAAUAAUGGAAAAACAGUUACCAGAAAAACAAACGUACAUGUCACUUCCUAGACCAGGAAAACAUGGCACAACAAAUAAACCUCUGAAGUCGGUUAGACUAGAUUUAACUGAACAAAAUCAAAUCGCCAAAGCCGGUUUAGAAAUGAAAUUGGCAUCUAGUGAAGUAGAAGCUGAAGCUGAUAGAUGGGGUGCUGGUGAUGAAGAUGAUGGCACCAACGAUGAAGGUGCAAGUGUAGACGAAAGAGGCAAUUCGUCUAAAGCGCAUGAAGAUAACGACAUAGUUCGUAGGGCGAAAAAUAUGUCUGGUAUGGCAUUGAGCAUGUAUGAGUUCACAAAAGGCGAAGGUGGUUCAUCAUUACGCACUACACAAGACUUGUUUACGCAGGCAGAGUAUUUGGCUGAAGAAGCAAAUCGUCUAUACAAAUUGGUUCGGCAGUUCUCAUAUCAGGUGCCUAUGGGAGCCAACAAAAAAGAGCUACUCGAACAACUAGAUCAAGUACCAACGUAUGUACAGCAGUUGCAGUUUACUGUGAAAAUGCCUACUGUGGGUAAAUCAGCUACGUUCACUAAGGUAGACAGUGUAAUAAAUGAAACAAAAACACUAAUGAAUGUUAUAUCAAAAGUUGUUACAACUUGCUUUGUUUGUGCAACAAAGUAUAACUUAGACUUCCAAGGAUUAUCAACAAGAAGUGGUGGCUAUGGAGAUCGUGGUGAGGAUGGUAGUGGUGGUGGAUCUGGCGGUGAAGGUGGAAAAAUGAGUGGGGGAUCAGGCUCGGAUGGAUCCAUGUGACAGUUCGGAAUGGGACGGAGGAGUAAGGGAGACGGCCGCCGCACACGUGUGUCGUUUCUACUCUUCUGAGCCCGUGUUUUGACGUAAAGCACAAACUCUUAAAACUACGAUUUUAAAAAAGAAGUUUAAGCAAAAACCUCAAUCUUGUGUGUAUGAAAAUGACACUAUUAGAACAUCCGGAUUAUCGAGUUCCCGGAUAUAUCACGCUCAAUAUGUAUAAGUAAAACGUCAUAAAUUACGUAUAAUUGUUAAGUAAACAAUCAUUUACCAUAUAGAUAGAUAAUUACCAAAAUGCUUUUAAAACUAAAACAAUAAUCUUAAGUUAAUGACAACAUAAGAAAUGUUACGAUAAAUAUUUCCGUUAUAAUUCUAUAAAAUUAUAAUAACUCACAAUCUGUAAUGUGUAAUAAAUAUUUAUAAUAUUUAUUAUUAUAAAAUUAUAUAAUACAAUUAUUUAUAGUUAUUAUAAAUUAAUUUAAAGCUUAAUAAUAGACAAUCAAAUAUUAAGUGGCUUAGAAUUACCUAAAUGGAAUAUAAUAUCAGUAGAUUUAUCAAACUGUAAAACUAAAAUGUAUCAUAUUUUUAAUAUCAAAAUUUUCCAUUGUUUAAUGCAAUAAUAGCAAUACAUAACAUUAAGUAAACUUAACAGCUCUAUGAAUAUUUGUUUGGCGUUGGGUUAAUUUUUCUUAUUUCUAUGCUUUUUUGAUAGAACUUAAUAAGCAUACAAAUUAAUACACUGCAUUCAAUUUUGUAAUUUUAUACUCAUAGAUUUCCUUUAUAUGAUUAAAAUGUUUGAAAAUGUUCAUGAUUUACAUUAGCUUCAUAUAUCAUAUAAAUAAUUUCUAUAGCCAUCGUAAUAUAUUAAUAAAAAGUAUAAUUUAUCAACAUUUGAAUGGUUAAUUAAAGAUCCAAAAAUAUACGAAAUAAUAUUAAAAGGUUUCGAGUUAAUUUUAAAAUAAUAAAACGUCCGUCUUCCAGUUCAUGAUGAUUUAAAAGUUAGUAUGUUAAAAAAUUGUCUUCCCCUAAAUGUGUUCUAUUAUUUUGAAACUUCCCGCGUGUUAAAAAAAUUAUUUAGCUUUUAAAAAUUUUUAUAGUAUAUAAAAUUAUUCGAACAGGAAAAUUCAUAAGACCAUAUUUUUAGAUUGAUCAAAAUAUUUCAACAAUCUUGUUACAUAUUAUAUAUUUAUGUGCCUGUUAAUUUUUAAAAAAAUAUAGUGCCAAAUUUUACUUGGAA